AUGGCGGCUUCUUCAGUGCCGUUUUAUCCGCGAGUUAGAGAACCUUCUCCCUCACCUAAUCGUUCAACCAUGACAUUGUGCAGCGUAGAAAGAAGUUUAAAAUCCUGUUCAAAGGGUCGUUUGACUUAUGACCCUCACUGGAAGCCGACAAGGGAAAACUUGGAGGAAUUAUCAAAGCCUCCUUCCUUGUCACUAAAGCUGUCCCCUGUUUCGCUAUCAUCGACCACACGUACAAGUAACAAAAGAGACGGUAAUGUAAUCUUCAGUGGCGAAUUAGCAGAAUCAAAAGAUAUAGAGGAAUCAAACCAAACCGAUGGCAUGUCCUCUAGCAGCUAUCGAUCGGACACGGAAAGCGAUUCGGAAAAAGAAACACGUGCUUCAAAUGUACAAGUACCUAUGCAUGAGGAGUUGCUGGAGAAAGAACUUCAAGCAAGCUUCGAUUGGACACAUGUCGCUGUUUAUAAUUACGGAAUGGAAAAGAAACGCCAAGCUGAAGAGGAGAUAGCCACUAGAAAAAAAAAGAUGGCAGAAAAUUCAAAGAGAUUGUCGGAGGAGAAAAAUCGUUAUUUACAACAAAAAGAGCACGAAAGGGUGGACGAAAUGAUCAAAUCUGUGAAGGCAUUACAGCGGGACGAGGAAAGAAAAACUGAAGAAGCCAAACAACGGCAACAGGAACUUAAACAGUCUCACGAAGCUUCGGCUGCGAGAGUUGUUAGAAAAGUUAAAGAAAUGGAAGAUUUAAGGUUAAGAUUAUUAAAAGAGGAACAGCAAGUCAAGAGAGAGCUACAACAGCUUGAGGCUUCAUUCAUAACUGUGCAAGAAACUGCACAAAAUAUACAACAAAUUUUCAAAGAAUGCAAAUUUCAAUCAUAUUUGUCUACCUCUGCUUCAGACAUCCUCAGUGAGACGAAGGAGGUGUUGAAGUUGUCCCUAAGCAAUCUUAAUAGUGCAAAGGAAAAUGAGCGAGUGACAGAAGGAAUUUCUGAGAUUAUGCAGAAAUGUUCAAUUCUGAUUCCUGACUUGUUACAGAAAGCAAAAGAACUUGUUAAUGAGGCAAAUACCAAGGCUGCUAAGGAUGAAGCUGAUCGACAAAUCAAGGAAGAGGCAAAAGCCAAAGAGGAAGAGGAAAAAAAACAACAAGCAUUGAAAACUUCACAAGAAAAACAAACCGUCAGCUCCUCCACAUCAAAACCAACUUCCAACUCCAGCGAUCAAUCAAAGACUGGGAUAUCAAAAGAUCUUGCUUCCUGUAUUUCAGCAACAGCAUGGAAAGAGUUUUCCAGACUAGCAAGUUACAGAAGUGCUAUUGUCAAAGAAGCAGAGCCACUGAAUACUGACAAGACAUUGAAGCAAUAUAAAUUUGAUCUUCACAAGGCUGUCACAACACCAAUCAAUGCUAUAUCUGACCAAUCACCCCGUCACCUGCGUGAUAAGAUUCAGCGCUUGGCUCAAUUGUUGUCUGGGCAAGCUGUACAAAUGGGAGGAAAACAGAUCUCAAUUAUCAAGCAUCCUGCAGCUAAGGUAAAAUCAUCUUUUCCAACUCUCUUCAUCCUAAGAUCUGUGUUCAUAUUCUCCAUAGCACUGCAAGGAGAAUUUGUGUAACAGUUAAGAGCUCCUCCAGAUAAUUUAUUUUACAUGUACUCUCAUUUCCUAAUGUUUGAUUCAACAGUGAUCCUGAAAGGAGAAAUUAGCUACUAGUCUAAGGAAGUUGAAGGAUUAAUGAUACAAGUGGAAGUAGUACCUGAGUUUUUAUACCUAUAGAGCUAAACCUGGAUGACUUUUCAGUUAUUUUAAUUUUUUUUUACCAACAGUUAAGGUGGAAAAAGACUUUUGAUACCAUUUCUUUGUCUUCAUCAUGAUUGCUUAACUCACUGCUCCACCAGUCAGACUGUGCAGAAUAUUUUAUGUCUUAUAUUUUGAAAAUAAUUCAAAAAUCGUUACUGGCUCAUGCUUUUAGCUGUUCGUAAUACUUUGAACUUCAAUUGCAGUCAUUCUGUAAAGAUCUUCUUGCAAAGAAACUUGUGCAGCAAGGAUCACAGCAGGUAUCUUCUAGUCAUAGUUCUGCAUUUCCUAUUGCUGCUGUUAUUGUGGGGAUCUGGUCCAGUUUUCCUGACAUUGGUGAUCUCGUUCUGGCGCAGUUCUGUGACCAGUGUCCAUUCCUAGUGCCGUUUUACAUACCAAGGACAGCUGAAUUGGCAGAUGUAGAAUACUUUGCAUCACUUGGCUAUCAGUGUUCUGAGGGUGAGAUUGAAGAACAAGACAAAUUUCUAAAGCGCAUGACUGGCAUUGUGCGACUAUAUGCAGCUGUUAUCUCAUCUCUACCUCCACAAGGACAAUCCCAACAACACCCUUUUGGACUUGAAAAAGGUUGGACGUGGUUGGCAAGAAUGCUGAACCUAGACCCAAGGCCUGAUUACACUGCUACAGCUCUCUAUGAAUUCCUGGCUGUGGCAGGACAUGCUCUGAUGAGGCAGUACAAGAAACAAUUUGGAAAACUGCUGAAUAUACUUGUGUUAGAAUAUGUGCCCAAGAUAGAGAAGGUAACAGCUAAGGCACAGAGUGGACCUGUGGUGAGACUUAAAGUGUUUUUGGAAACAUGUAUUAAAGAUCAAAAGAUUCCAGUUCCAGAUGGCUACCUCACUCCCAAUUGGUGGCGCUCCCCAAGCUAUUAGGACAGUUUCCCAACCCGAUAACUCUUGGACGGGAUACAAAUGUAUCCACUCCUAAUAAUGUAUUUUCCAGCCGACAGUUGAUAAAAAAGAAAAAUGUAUUAGCUGGAGGGUGUUUCCAGUAUCUUGACUUAAAACAAAAUUUUCUGACAUUAUUUAGAAGAAAUGUUUAGCAGCUGGAAAGGAGAAUCACAAAUGAGAUCAGAGUGCAAAGCUUUCUCUGAGAAUAACAAGGUAGCAAGCCAACCCACAAUAACAUGAAAAUGUUUACACUGGGGCCAAUAUUAGAAAAAAUGAACACAACAUGUACUUUUGGGUGUCUCUAAGCCACAACUUUCCCAGUUUUUUAUUUUUUAAUUCUGGCUUCACAGUUCAAUAUAUUUAUCACUGCACAAUUUAUAGCGAAAGAGCUGAAGGACAAUUUAAGUGGAUCUUCACUUUUUCAGCUUUGCUUAUUAUUUUAUGUGAUAAUGCUAACAAACAACCGCAACAUAUCUUCAAAAGAAACCCUGCAUUUUCCCUGAUACUUUGCCAACAGCACUGUGUGGAUAAUCCUGACUGAUUGCUUUCUCUUUACCUUUGUUUUUUUACUCCAAGGAAAGAGCCAACAAGAAGGAAGAAACUAAACUGCAUACAAUAGAUAUGACUAGUAUGUGGUUUUCAAUUUCUCUAAGCUCAUGAACCUGAUUAUGGUAGAUCUGUCGACCAAUCAAAAUCAGGUUUGCAGUCUCCGAGUCUCACAGUCACAGUGAUCUGUUGUUUCAGUAUUCAUUUAAUUUAAUAUUUUCAACUCCCCAAACUGCUUGUCACUGGGAGCCAUAACCAUUGGGAGAAUUUGGCAGCAAGCUUGCUUUGUCAUUCAUCAUGUUUUCUUGAUGGACAGUACGAACGUCAGAUUCAAUAAUAAUUUAAAAUGAGGCCAAGUGAUUUAACUCGAAACAGUGUUACUUGAUAGUCAAAAUAUUGGUAUGGUACACAUGCAAGAGCUACUUUGAAAGAGGGGGUAAGUUUCUGAACAAAAUGUGGUGCUGUGUUAGUGAGAGAGUAAAACAAGAAAAUCUGGUUUUAUUAACCAAGUUGAUAAUAUAAAUCGACCACCAUGAAAAGUUUCAAAGCUGACGUUUCAGGCAUUAAACCUUUUCAGAGGGAAUGACGAAUAAAAUUCACUCUAAACAAGGGCUAAUGCUUAAAAUGUCAGCUUUGGAAAAUUAUCAACUCAGUUUAUAAAACCAAAUUAUCCCACAGAAUUUGUUCACUCUGAGCACCAAUUCUUUGAUGAAUUAACUCCACC